AGCGGUCACGUGACCCGGGCUUUGAAUACGUGUAAAGAAAAUCUUGCCGAUGGUCGGCUGCCACAGUGAACGUCGGCUCUGUUGUGUAGUUGGAUCUUACACGGGCAGGCGGGCCGAAGAGUAUUAACAUAGCUCUCGGUUGCAACCUGCAAUCAUGGGUAUCAAAUUUUUAGAGGUGAUCAAGCCUUUCUGCAGUAUUCUGCCAGAAAUCGCUAAACCCGAAAGAAAGAUUCAAUUUAGAGAAAAAGUACUAUGGACAGCUAUAACUUUAUUCAUCUUCCUUGUAUGUUGCCAAAUUCCAUUAUUUGGCAUCAUGAGCUCCGACUCAGCAGAUCCCUUCUACUGGAUCCGAGUUAUCCUUGCCUCAAAUCGAGGUACUUUGAUGGAAUUGGGUAUCUCUCCGAUUGUGACUUCUGGCUUAAUCAUGCAACUCUUGGCUGGUGCCAAGAUCAUUGAAGUUGGUGACACUCCCAAAGACCGUGCUCUUUUCAAUGGAGCUCAGAAAUUAUUCGGUAUGGUCAUCACUGUUGGUCAAGCCAUUGUCUAUGUCAUGACUGGCAUGUAUGGUGAUCCGGCUGACAUUGGUGCUGGUGUCUGCCUUCUGAUCAUCAUCCAGCUGUUUGUUGCUGGCCUGAUUGUGUUGUUGCUGGACGAGCUUCUGCAGAAGGGUUAUGGUCUGGGCUCUGGUAUCUCCCUCUUCAUUGCCACCAAUAUCUGUGAAACAAUUGUAUGGAAGGCAUUCAGCCCUGCCACUAUGAAUGCAGGACGUGGCACUGAGUUUGAGGGAGCUGUUAUUGCUCUUUUCCAUCUUCUUGCUACCCGUCAGGACAAAGUUCGCGCUCUGCGUGAAGCAUUCUACCGCCACAACCUCCCUAACUUGAUGAACCUGAUGGCUACCAUUCUUGUCUUUGCCGUUGUUAUUUACUUCCAGGGCUUCCGUGUGGAUCUACCUAUCAAGUCUGCCCGCUACCGUGGCCAGUACAGCAGCUACCCCAUCAAGCUGUUCUACACCUCGAACAUCCCCAUUAUUUUGCAGUCUGCUCUUGUUUCCAACCUCUACGUUAUCUCUCAGAUGCUGGCUGUCAAAUUCCACGGCAAUUUCCUGGUGAACUUGCUCGGAGUUUGGGCUGAUGUUGGCGGUGGCGGCCCUGCCCGUGCCAACCCUGUUGGUGGUUUGUGUUACUACUUGUCACCUCCCGAGAGUCUGGGUCACAUCCUCGAGGAUCCCAUCCACGCAUUCCUCUACAUCGUCUUUAUGCUUGGAUCCUGUGCCUUCUUCUCCAAAACUUGGAUUGAGGUCUCAGGCUCUUCAGCCAAGGAUGUUGCUAAGCAGCUGAAGGACCAGCAGAUGGUUAUGGGUGGACACCGUGAACACUCCCUCAUCCACGAGCUGAACCGUUACAUCCCCACUGCUGCUGCCUUUGGUGGUCUCUGCAUUGGUGCUCUUUCAGUGUUGGCUGACUUCAUGGGAGCCAUCGGUUCUGGCACUGGUAUUCUUCUUGCCGUUACCAUUAUUUACCAGUACUUCGAAAUCUUUGUUAAGGAACAGAGUGAAAUGGGAGGUAUGAGCACAUUACUGUUUUAGGUAGUGCAAUCUUAAAAUAUCACCAUGUGAUUAAUGACUGAGUGAAAUUUGAGUGGGUGUUGGAUUGAGUGGUGAGCAGCUGAGUGCUCUGGCAGCUGAAGACUCAUACUAAACCUGUACUGCCAACGGCAGGUCAGGAUGAACAUCAUUCAGUAGCUCUGUUAGUGUUGUAAUUUAUUGUUUUGUUAUUGUGUAACUGAAUGGUAAGGCUCAGUGGUCAUUGGCUACCUAUUGCGAGCCACCACCACCACUACUGGAUUACAGUAGACCAGUGACAAGAGACUUUGAAGUAUUGAGCCUUCAGUGCAAAGUUUCUAAUUUCUGUGUUCUUGGAGUAUGUUUUAUGAGAUUAGCAACAUAGGCUGUUUUGAAACUCAGAACAUUGCCAGUUGUAUAAGAAUGCCCCUUCCCCCUUUUUUUUAUUGUGAUUAUGUUGCUCUAGCAGUGUGGAGACUUAUUUAUUAAACAAAUAUUUUUAUAUGAAGACCUCUUCCUUCAAGAAAAAUUAUGCAAUACUUACUGGGUAGGAAAAUAAAAUUGUCACUCCCAACAUCUAAUUCAUUAUAUUGCUAUAAUUGAACAUAGCAAUUCACUGUCAUUCAGCCCUCCCUGAUGUGUUCUUUUCCCCUAUGAAUUUUGGAAUAUCCUGUUUCAAAUUGAGCAGAAAUGUAAUUUCUCUCUAUUUAAUGGAGUACAACUUAUGAUUAAUGGUACUGUGUAAAAUAGUACUCCGUGUGGUAGACUAUCUGUGUAAGAAUGUAAAUUUUUUUUACAAUACAUGAGUGACACCAAUAAA